AGCUGCUGUCACUUGUUAUUAAUUUGAAAAAUGGAAAAACAAAAAUAUAAAAAAAGAAGUUGUUGGAGUGAUAGGGCAGAAGCCCUACUAAUUGAAUUGUGGCAGAGCAAAGUAAGUGCUUUUCGCGGUUCAAGGAAGAACAGCCACAUAGUAGAGGAAAUGGCAAUGGAGUUGCAGCAACAAGGUGUGCAUUUCACGGCGAGUGAAAUAAAGUCGAAAAUGCACAAUCUUUCGCAGAGAUAUAGGAAAGAGAAGACAGCAGUCGGAUCAACUGGCGGUUCUCCCUCGCAGUGGCCGCUGUACGAUAAAAUGAGAUCCGUACUGUUGCCGUACGUCAGCUACAACGCAGAGAGCUUAGUGGAGGAAAGUUUUCAAAGUUCUACUAACUCGGAACCACUCCAAAUUUCGGUGGAAACGGCUGCGUGUUCGACAUUUGUUGCUGCAUCUCCAUUGUCCUCACCAGUUUGACUGCCAUCAC